AUGCUACAGUACCGUGCCGUGGGUCCCCCUCUGGAAAUUAAACUCCUGUCAGGAGAGCUGGAGGAGGUCCACCUUCCUCACUCCCUCUGCCUAGGUGGUUCUGGCCUAGGUGUGCUGGGAGACGCAGUCAGGGCCCUACACGGCGACGACUGUGGCGUUUCCCUGGAAACGUGUGAGCUGACUCGUUUCCACGGAAAGCUCCUAGCGCAGCAAUUCUCUAUAUGGCAGCUGGUGGCGAGUCUGGGUGUCCCGGUGAAGAGCCACUGCGAGGUGCUGAUCUAUGAGCACUGCCCCCGGCCACUGGUCCUCCACACCUUCCUGCUGCCCUCACCCUCCUCAGCUAGGAAGUCGGUGCAGGAGAGUUGGGGUGGUAGGGCCAUCGUCAAGCCUUCCCCCAACCACUCCCUCUGGACUGGCUCUACAUUCCAGCUCUGCAGCUCCACAGCUUGCAACUCCACACCUUCCAGCUCUGCACCUUCCAGCUCCACACCUUCCAGCUCUGCAGCUCCGAACAUUCCACCUUCCCUUAAGAUCACUCCCACAGAGCUGACGCUUUCCUACAGGAACCCCCCAACAUUCUUUGAGGUGUUCGUAAGGAACCCAUUGGAGGAGUUCAAGUUGGAGAUCAAGGAUGCGGAUGACCAUACUGUUUGGGAAGUGGAGCUGAGGCAGGGGGUCGACUAUAACAAGACAAAAGACACAGCUGACACACACACCCCAGAGUCACGCACAGCAACGUCAGAUCUGACGGACCAGCAGCUGAUGAUGGUGGCCAAGCUCAUGGGCAAAGAGUGGAAGCAGGUGGGCAUCAGCUACCUGGGACUGUCCAUGCAGGAGCUGGACAAGAUCCAGGAGGCGGAGCAAGACGUCACCUUGCAGCGCUUCCGCAUGCUGGACCAUUGGAAGAGGCAGCAGAAGGGCAAGGCUGGACCCACAGAGCUGCACCGCUGCCUGAAUGAAGAAGACGUGCCCAAUGCCGUUAGAGACUGCCUGGAAGGGAAGUGA